AAGUCCCUCACAGCAGAGCCCAGGUGUCUCAUUUUUGAAGUUAGACUAGGAGGAGAAGAUGAACAAUUCCCUGGAUUAUCUGGCCUAUCCUGUAAUCGUCUCUAAUCACAGGCAAAGCACAACAUUCAGGAAGAAACUGGACUUCGGCCACUACAUAUUGCACAAAAAUAGAGUACAAAUAGUGAAGCCUGCCGUCGAUACCAAACCUCCAAUGGCGCACACACAUUACAUUUUAAAAUUGAGCAAACUCCAGGGUGAACAAAAGAGAAUCGACAAAAUUGAAUACGAAAAUAGACAGUUAUGUCAGAAAAUUGCGAAUGCCCAUCGAGGCCCUGCAAAGGUGGACUGCUGGAACGAGUAUCUUUCAAGAAGCUUAAACAGGGAAUCAAGGAAUCGCGAGCUAGUAAGAAUCACCAUGGAAAACCAGGGCAUCCUAAGGAGGUUGAGUGAUCGCAAACCCCACUAUGACCGCAGGGCAUCGGAGAUGGACUGGCAGAAUUCAAGGCGAUAUAUCAGAAACACAACAAGAUAUCUUCUCUUCCAAGAAGAAUAGGUUACUCACCGUGGAAAAGACACCGAGAAGACCCUAAGAUCUCUUGGCUGCUCAGGAUCUUAAGAUGCUGCAGAAGGACUGCAUUCUCUGUCUUAGGGUGUUACAAUAAAGCUUGGCACGAAAAACAGGGCAAGUUAAUGGAAG